CGGAAGUUCGGUACUUCCGGGAGCUUCCGCUGUCUCCUAGAUCGCGUGAGAAUGGCAGGGAGGAGGAGAAGCGUGGUACGUAAGACAUUUCUGCGGCUGAUCCAAGAUGGCGACUCCGACCCUACCUCUGGAGUUAAUGACCUUCAAAGAUGUAGCUGUAGACUUCACCCAGGAAGAGUGGGCCCUGUUAGACCCAUCCCAGAGAAAGCUGUUUACAGAAGUGAUGAUGGAGAAUAUUAAUCUUCUGGUCUCAGUGGGAUGUCAGGUCUUCAGAUCAGAUAUGCUUUUCCAGUUAACACAAGGAAAGGGAGUGUGGAGAGAAGGCGUAGGAUUUCUUGAAAACCAGAUUCAAGUCAGGAAAAGUGCCUUUAAAAAGCAAGAAGUGAUGAUCAUGCAAUCUGCCUGCAGAAAAGACACUUCUAACAUCAUGCCAUUGCAGAUAACUCACACUCAAAAGAAUUCCAUUAAAUGCAGUUAUUUGCAAGAAGAUUUCACAAAGAGAUCCACAGUAAGUCUGCAAGCAGUAAUUAAAAUGAGAAAGAAACCGUAUUUCCAUAAACCACUUUGGAAAGUCUUCUCUGAUGAGUCAUCUUUUAAUCACACUAGCAGUAAAUCACAGGAGUGUCAUCAAAAUGCUAAAGCUUUUAUUAAAAGCUCUGAAAAUAGACAAUACAAUGCAAGUCACAUUGGCGAUAAACCAUAUGAAUGCCUUCUAUGUGGGAAAACCUUCAGUAGAACUUCUUAUCUUCGAAAGCAUGAGAGAACUCACACAGGAGAGAAACCCUAUGAAUGUUGUCUCUGUUGCAAAGCCUUCAAGCAAUCUGCUCAUCUUCGACAACAUGAGAAAACUCACACAGGAGAGAAGCCGUAUGAAUGUCACUUAUGUGGGAAAGCCUUCUCUCGGCCUGCUCAUCUUCGAGAACAUAAGAGAGCUCACACUGGAGAGAAACCCUAUGAAUGCCAUUGGUGUGGGAAAGUCUUCAAUUAUAGCUCUAACCUUAAACAACAUGAGAGAUCUCACACUGGAAAGAAAGCUCAUGAAUAUCUUCUAUAUGGGAAAGCUUUCAGUCAAUCUGCUAACCUUUGACAACAUGACAGCUCACACUGGAGAAGAGCAAUACUGAGCCUUCAUUCACUGCUCUUCACUCAGUUGACAUGAGGGAUCUCACACUGGAGAGAAACCCUAUGAAUGCCAUCCAUGUGGGGAGUCAUUGGUCUUCCCUUAACAGGGAACUCACACUGGAAGAAAAUGUUUACAUGCCUUUUACAUGGGAAAGCUUUGUCUCAUAGUUAUGCCCUCAGGUAACACAAGAGAAUGCACCAUGGACAGAUGCCAUAAGAAUACCGUCUGUAUUGGAAAACUUUAAUUUUUCUAACCUUAAAAAACAACACAGUAUCAUUCAAACUUGAGAGAAACCCUAUGAAUGCCAUCAGUGUGGGUAAGCCUUACUCCAUAUUCUGACCUUAGAUGAAAUGAGAGAACUCUUACUAUGAAUAUUUUGAAUAUGGGUAAGAUUUCAGCCAUAGCUUUAACCAUUAAACACACCAGAGAACUCACAUAUGGCAGAAACACUAUGUAAUCAUUAAGGUAGUGCCUUUAGUCAUCUGCACUAUUUCAUUUAUUCCACAAAAGUUCAUGUAGGAGAGAAUCCAUAUGAGUGUCACCUAUGUAUCAAAAACCUUAAUAGAUAUUCUGAUGAUAUGUGAGAGAAAUAAUAUAAAUCCAGUAGAAGUGGAGACUUCAUCUGCUACUCUAAAUGAUAAGCAAACUAGAGAAAUCAUGUGAUAUAUACUGCAUACCCUACUUCAAUUAAAAUGUUAACUCCAUGAAACACAAAGUAUGUAAUCACUGUGUAGUAUUGUUCAGUGUAACACAAGCAUUGGUAUGCUAAAGGAAAUUCAACCUAGGACUAAUCAUGAAAAUACAAAUAAGAGGGAAAAAUCUUUAUUAGGAGAAUGAAUCCCCUUGGAGGAGAUGAGAAAUGUCAUGGUGGAGAAUGCAUUUAAUGUAAAAUCAUGGGAAAUCACUUAUUCAGUGAUUGGGAACUUGUGAGCAACAGUUGUGUCUCUGUAAGGGAUAGUAUUUGAAAGGAUUGAACAGAUUAUUGGGUAUUUGAGAGCUGAGUUAUGGAGAUCAAUGAUGGAAAUUCCAUAGGUUUAUGGAUAGGAGAAUGUGUAAGGUGUGUGAUUUGGGUGUCUUCAAGGAUAUAUGAAUAUGAUUCUGUGGUUGCCUCAAUGGAUCAGUGAUGGACAUUUUUUGAGUCAGUGAUUUAAAGGGUAGGAACAGAUAUGUUCACUUUCUUUCUGGCGUUAGGGGAAAGAAUGCUUCAUCUCAGUGGCUACAAUAUUUAUUAGUGGGUGAGGGUCAUGCACACAGUAGCUCACUGAGUUAAGCUGAGGUUCAGAUAGUUCCCAUUUCCUCUAAUUGCUGAUUAGGGAGUAACAACAAACCCCCCCCCCCCCCCCCAAGAAUUGUCUUAACCAAAGGGGUAAUAGAUUCCAAAAUAUGCAGGGCCCAUACACAGUGUCAUUAUGUUGGUCCACGUGGAAAUCCAGCCUUCACAUUAAUUUUGGAAAAAUUAUGAUUCAGAGCAUCCAUAUAUGAACACCAGCUAAUUUCAUGAGUGUGUAAGACUGCUGAAUGCUUCCCUACUAAAAUUGGGGCUACUAGAAGUAUUUCUCUUCUUACCAAUACACCUCAUAUUUUGUGAAGCAUUGGAAGGCUGGUUUAUUUACCCUAAAUAUAGACCCAGAAAAUGUCUUUCCUCAUCACUUCCAUUAUAUAGACACAGUGCUGGACUUAGGUAGUAUAAUAAGUCAGAGUACAAAGAGAGAAAACUUGAGAAAGGAAAAGAAAACUACUUUUACCUUCAGAUGACAUGGUUGGGUAUUUAGAAGCCACUAUUAAAUUUAUGAAAAUAUUAGAGGCUGUUAGCAUAUCUAGUAAGGUCACAGGGUCCAAAGUAAAAAUAAAAUUCAGUUUCUAUAUACUGGAAACUUAAUGAGAGAUAUUCUGUGUUCCUUGGCUCGUAAUUUCCUGGUGUAAGAACUUCCACAUCCAAUUGGUGGAGCAACCAAUAGCAGAAGCAGUCAUGGGAAAUUCAGCUAUUUCAUAGAUGUCAAUGAAGUUAAGUCCAUUAUCCUCAUCCAGUCAGGGAUCAUUCUCAGCCUCUCUUCCACCAGGAUCUCAAGCUUCAUUGGGUGUGAGAAGCAGGUUUUGUAUCCUUCAUUGACUGUAUCAUUGCAAAGAUGUUCAUCAUAAUAGGACCCUUGCCCUAUGCAUCAACACAAAUGACAUAAAUGGUGACUUUCCACACCACAAGUUUCCAAUGGUCCCUUCACUGCAUGUUAGAUUUCACCUAUCACAUCAUCCGUCUACCUGACCAGGCUGCUAAACCAUUGGUGUUGACUUACCUCAUGAGACAAUAGAAAGGUACCGUGGGGUGCUUGGGUCCAAGUGUUCCAGGAUAAAUUAGGGUCAUUCACAAUUCAGCCCAUUGAGCAUAUUCAUGAAUCUGGCUUCUCUGAAUUUUGGUGCAUGGAGAGAAGGGCCUUGAGGAUCAUUGUUUUGGCAAACUUCUGCAAAUGUCUCAUGCAUGCAUGCCACUUCCUGGGGACCUGGCCAAAGCACAGUCCUCAAUUUACCACUACCAUUUGAUGAUGCUGUUUUCAUUGUGGAUACCUUAGUGUUCUGAUUACACAGGACACAAGGUAUCAUGGGGAUUUCUAGCCUCAGGAGGACCUGAAAGCUCUUGGUAAUCCUUUCAGUUUCCACCAAGGGCUAAUAGCACAGCAGAAGUUGCCUUUCAUAGAAUUAGUGCUUGGCUGCAUCUGGCAACUUUGUGGUCUAAAAACACAUGGCUCUUCUUUCCAUGUGACCCACUGUCAUGUUUCCCUUCCACUAAAAUAGUGUUCAAUGUCCAAAUAGCUUUAAUUACACAGGGGUAACCCCUAAUAAGUUCUUCUUUAUGGCCUUUGUGUAAUUGGUACUUGAGUCAACUCUCAAUAUUCUAUUACCUCAUUUGCUUGGAGGUCAUAGGAUGAAAGGCCAAUAUGCAAUGGGAGCACACCGAUUGCUGGGCUGCAGGAGCUGUAAAUGAGAUAUGAUCUGACUGGCAUCUUGUACAUCAGAUCACAUAGCCUAAGUGUUUCUCCAAGGCUGCAGUGGUGGUCCCAGCAUCCACAUGGUGCAUAUGAAUUGCUGUCCCGUAUCAGGAGUGGUGAGCCACCAUUGGAACCCAUGCCUAGGGAUAAGCAGUGUAAUGUGGUUGGUUUUCCACUCUCAUGCAGGGCCUAAUCUGCAAUUGAUAUGACCCGACACACCAUGUUGUGUGGCCUGGGCUCAUUGUCAGGAGUCACAUGACUGCUGUGCCUUUGAACUCUGCCUCUUCUAAUGUGACUCCUAAUGAUCUGGCCCAUUCUUGCAUAUGAGUUCCACUUCUGUGUCCAGCAUGCAGUCAUGGCAACUUGUUUGUUGUAUGGUUGAUCAACAUGGAAUUUUCAUUUGUGUUAUGCUUCAAAUGGCCUUUUCAAAUGGGUGUCAACAAUGGUGACAAAUUGAUCUGCUUCAUACCUCUCAAGAUGUUACUAAUAUCCCUGUGCCCACAAGGAGGAAGUUCUUUACACUACUCAUUGGUUUGCCAGUCACUAGACAAUAUGGAUAGUCAGAUUGCAAAAGCCCAUGAAUCUGUAAAUAUAUAGCAGAAAGUUGUUGGGGUAGCCUGCACAACUGUCAGCACCACAUGGAGUUCAGCCUUUUGGACAGAAUACCCUUGUCCAGUCUGUCAAAAGGUGAAUAUUCUAGGAACAGAUGGCCACAUUGGUCAAAUGGACUCCAUCAGCAAUGAGUUUUGCAGUUUGAUCUGAGCCAAGCCAUAUCAUCAUCUGGACUAUCCCACUUAGCCAAGGGAGGGGCAGGACCAUACCCUGUGGGCUGUUCAGCCCCAAACAGCAAAGUAGAACUUUGUUUAUAGAGUUGGUUAACUCCCUGAGGUCCUGCUGAGGAUGUACUAUUUCUGGAGUAUUGUUGAACCUGUCCUACUUUAGUAGAAUUAGUGAGUUUCCAUGUGGUGAUGGACAGUUCUCAGUUUCCACUUAGUCCCGGUAACAGACUAAACACUGUCAUUUGUAGAGGUGUGGUGGUAUUUAGUGGCCACCAGUUUUCAUAUCCAGAGCCCUAGGGAGAGUACACUACAAUAGCAGUUUCUUCUUGCCACAGCUUCCCAUUUGUGUGUGUAGGAGGCAUGAAGAUCAGUAGUUUCAUAGGAAUGUCAAGCUCCAUUGGCCCAGGUGGCAGUGUUCCACUGCAUGUUGCAUGUUCUCUAGAGCCUGUUGUUGGAUCUGCAUUCAGAGGCCACCUUGUGGGUGACCUUAACUAGAUGGUCUAAAAGAAUGCCCAGAUGUGUAAUAGUUUCUCUAGUAGCCAAACAUACCUUUCAGCUGUUUGGACUCUCUCUUGGUAAUGAAAGCUGCAAUAAUAAUGAGUUUGGUUUAACUUUGGUGUGCUCCUCUGAAUGCCAGCUCUGGUGGUUUGAAGGUCUUUGUACCCCAGAAAAACAUGUUCUUUAAUCCAUUCCUGUGGGUGUAAACCCAUUUUAAGUAAGAUCUUUCGAUAAGGCUACUUAAGGUGUGACCCACUUCAAUCUGAAUGGUUUUUAGUCCUAUUACUGGAGUCCUUUACAAGACAGUGAAAUUCAGACAAAAAAAGCCACAGAAGCAAGAAGUUGAAAUCAAACCUGGAAGAGGAGGAAGAGACCAGCAGAUGCCACCAUGUGCCUUGUCAUGUGGCAGAGGAGCCAAGGGUACUUGGCAGCUGGUCUUCAUGAAGAAAGCAUCUCCUUGGUGAUGCCUUGAUUUUAACGUUUUCUCAGAAUCUAAACAUAAAUACAUCUCCAUUGUGCAAGCCUAAACAUUGCAUUUCAGGCCUGUGGACCUUAUCAGGGAUGAUUGUCUAACCUGUAGAUGUUACAGUAUCUAACACCAUAUAUAGGACAUGUUCAAUCAGUUGCUUAGUGGAGCCUACAAUGAACCUGUCAUCAAUAUAUUACAUAACAAGUUCUUCUUUGGCUAACUAUGCUUGUUAACAGUCUAUCCUGCCCACUAGUGACAUAUUGCAGAGUAAUUGAAGUAUCUCUUGAGGAAGCAGAUCAGGCGCAUAUUAUAGGCCAUUCCACAUGAAUGCAAAUUGAUCUUGAUCUUUGUCCCACAAAGUGAUUGAGAAAAAAGCAUUAGCCAGGUGAAAAACAGCGUCUCAGUCCCCUGAGUGGGUGCCACAACCUUAGUGACAGCAAUGGUGUCAAGUAAAGCAGGGACCAAGGGCAGCACCUCAGCAUUUUCUUCCUUAUCUGUUAACCUCUAGGCUACUGAUGUCUUUAUACAGGGCACAACUAGAUAAAUGGUGACAAGACGGUUCUUACACAGCGUGCAGUACAUCUUGAAACAGUAUAGUAAUUUCCUUUUCUUCAACUGUGGAUUAAUAUUGAUUUUAUUAAAUAACCCAACAAGGCUUGGGUAUUUCAGGUGGCAAAAGUAGAGAACAUAAUACAUGGAUAUGGCUUCAAUUCAUUGUUUUGAGGAUAUGUUCUCAAGAAAUGAGGGUGUUCCUUGCUGCAAGCAGCCCAAAUGUCAAGACAGUAAUGCACUCAGAAGUGGGAACCACUACCACUGGAAGCACAAACAACCCAAACAGCCCCACCCAAUACACAUUUGCUUUCCAUGGCUAACGAAGUACAUUGCAAGCCCCCCAGAGCCACUGGUUUGCCCUUGCCGCUGUUGGGCCCCAGGAUUAGCCACUUGACCACCUGUAUAAGCAUCAUGCAAGUUUGGAUCUCCCACUUUUAAACCUUCCACCCUGAAAAAAAAAAAAAAAUGCCUAAGGUUGGCUCACU